AGCACACAACAACACAACACAAAAAAAAAAAAAAAACCAAAUUAGUUCUUCUGUAAUCCUCACAUUUCCCCCUUCCCAAUUCUUGCUUUUCAGUGAUUUCCGUAAUCAGGCAGUUGAAUUCUAUGUGUCCAUAAUUUCUUUCUAAUCUGUCUCUCUAGCGUGUGUUUGAGGCAAUACGACCAAGACCCCUUAAGAAUACUAUUCUGUCUUUUAACAAAUCAUGAUUCAGUAUUCUUGGUGCUGAAUUUUGUGGCAUAUCCUUUUAGCUAGCUCUAGUGCUUUUGGUUCCAAAUAUUGAAGCUUCAAGUAAUUCAAGAAUAGAGCCCUUGAGGGUUCAGGUAAGUUUCUCCUCUAUGUUGCCUUUUUGGGACACUUCUGAUGAUAUCUAGUACCGUACCAUACGCAAGUUGUAUUAGUAUUCUGAGUUAAUGUGAAAUUCUUGAGGCCAAGAUGGGAUCUUUCAGUGGUUUAGGUAUUGGGUUGAGCUUUGUAUUUGGUUGCAUCUUCUUGGGGCUUGUUGCUGAGCUAUACUAUCUGUUGUGGUGGAAGAAGAGAAUUAACAACAGAGAAAUUGAGGACCAUUUUACCAACUAUGCAGCGGAGAUUUCUUAUCUCUUUUGUUGGAAGAAAUCAAAUUCUACUGACAGUAGCCGAAAUGACACUCAAGAACUCGCUGCCUCAGUGAUUAAUUCUGAAGUCAAUGGCCAUGAAAAUGAUCUUGAGCUAGGAGGAAACGGCAAGGAUGGUAGUAUGCAAUUCAAAGGCUUCGGUGAAGAAAGUGUGGAGUCAGAGUUAAUGAGGCUGCACAAUCUCUGUGGCCCUCCAAGAUUUUUGUUCACAAUCAAGGAGGAAACUAAGGAGGAUUUGGAGUCUGAUGAUGGGAAAUCUAGAGGUGAUAGAAGCAGGAAAGGGUCAAGAACUAGAAGCUUGAGCGACAUCAUUAUUGCUGUUGAUACUCCUUUUCGCACCCCUUUACCUUCGCCACCUCUCAAGACUCCAUCUUUGGAUUCUUAUAGCAAUAUUCACGGAUUCAAUCCUCUCUUUGAGUCCAUAACUGAGGCUGAAUUGAAUAAGCUGAGAUCUUCUCCUCCGCCAAAGUUCAAAUUUUUAAGGGAUGCUGAGGAGAAGUUGAUAAGAAGAUUAGUCGAAGAAGCUGAAAGGAUGGCCUUGAAGAAUGGCGGCUGUGUUCGAGAUUCUGUUAUUCAACCUUCCCCAAAUGGGACGGUUAUCACAGAAGAGGUUGACGGCUCUUAUGUUGCACUUAUUGGUAAGGAUAAGGAAAGAGAACUUCAACAGCAGCAGCAGCAGCCUAGUCUUUGCCAUUCAACUCCUUCUCAGGUUCUCCCAUUGGCAUCAUCUCCUUCAACAUUCAGACUGGCUGAUGCCAAAUCCGGUAUGCAAUAGAUAUUUGGGAAGAAUUUACAGGAAAUGGGUUCAAAUUUUAUUAUUUUUUCUGCAAUUUUUGCCCUUUCAUCUGUGAAUUAAAAUUACAGUGAUUAAAUUUUGUGUAAUCAUCGUCCAGAUUUCAAUAGAGAACGGUGAAAAUUUUCAAGUU